AUGUCACUGCCAUGUGAUAAGCCGGCGAAAGUAUCUUGGUUGGCCGACAUCACCAACCCCAAAGCGGACUCGGCACGUGAGCAGCCUCAACCCCUCGAGCCGCCAAAUCCAUCUCCCGAUGCCGACCAAAGUACCGAACCAACGCCAAACGAAAGAAAUCUAUCUCCAACUCCCCGCAAAAACCCCACAUCCAAACCUCCACAGUGUCCAAACGUGGAGUCUCGCCGCAUAAGAGCCAGCCACUGGUGGCAGCUCCGUUUCAUCGAGUGCCUCCUGCCCACAAUGUCUUGGAAUAAUUGCUGGAAGUAUGAAAGAUGUGGCAAUUGUGAAGUCCCUCUUCGAGCGUCAAAGAGGGGUUACUGGAGGAGAUCUUCGUUGACUGAAAAGCUGACAGAAGCUGACUCAAUGGAAAUACUCAUAACCCACACAUUCACUGCCAUCGAACAUCAUUCGAAUCGACUGACUCUCCGACCGCCGACCCCCUCCACCCAAGUCAAGAUACCCACCACGACAAUGGCAUACCCCAACCCAACCACCGCCAUCCUCAGCCAUGCCCCCCAAAACGGUUCUGUCCAAUGGCGUAAAACCUCGGUUAACAUCCGCGACCCGCUGGAAGACGAAGUCCUUGUCCGCAUCGUCGCCUCCGGCAUCUGCCACACCGACGUCGUGCUCUCACUCACUCCCCCAGACGCCCCAGGCUUCUCCCCAUACCCCAAAGUCGUCGGCCACGAGGGCGCCGGAAUAGUAGAAAAAGUAGGAUCAGGAAUCACGCACACGAAACCCGGGGACAAGGUGCUCUUGUCCUUUGACUACUGCGGCCAGGCCUCGUGCAGGGGUUGUGCAGAGGAAACGCCAGGGUAUUGCAGCGAAUUCCACGGCCGGAAUCUUUUUAGUGCGCCGGAUGUGUAUCGGACUGAGGGUGGGGAUGAUGCUGUGAGCGGGUUGUUUUUUGGGCAGAGUAGCUUUUCGCAGCUUGCCAUUGCAAAGGGCUCGAGUACGUUGAAUGUAGAGGGGUUAGUUAAGGAUGUGGAGGAGUUGAGAUUGUUUGCACCAAUGGGGUGUGGGUAUCAGACCGGUGCUGGUGCGGUGACGGAAUUGGCUGAUGUGAAGAGUGGUGAUGCUGUUGCUAUCUUCGGUCUAGGCGGCGUAGGCAUGUCCGCCCUCCUCGCCGCCAAAAUACGCAACGCCCACACGAUCAUCGCCGUAGACCGCAUCCCCUCACGCCUCUCCCUCGCCCUCGAACUCGGUGCCACUCACGUCAUCGACACCUCUACCCUCCCCUCGCUCACAAACGACCUCGUCGCCGCCAUCCGCGCCAUUGCACCGGGUGGCACAAACGCAACAUUUGACACCACGGGCGUCAAGCCGAUCAUCGAUGCUGGGUGUCAGGCGUUGGGGGCAAAGGGGCAAAUGGUGUUGAUUGGUAUUGUAGAGGGGGGCAUGAAUAUAGAUUUGGGGAGUUUGAUGAGUUUCGGCCACAACAUCCGCGGCUGCGUCGAAGGCAACGCCCAACCAAACAAGUUUGUCCCUAAAAUGAUCGAAUGGUACCGCCAAGGCAAAUUCCCGAUUGAAAAACUGACGAAAAUUUAUUCUUCCGACGACUACACGACAGCGCUCAAGGAAACGCAUUCUGGGGAGACGAUCAAGGCGAUUUUGGUCUGGUGA